GCAAGUUUCGUAGCUAUAGGAUAAGACAAUUGCGAUAACUACUGAAUAGUGUGAACAAUACCGAGAAACUGUCCUCCUUUGUUAUUUAGACAAAUACAUUGUAAAUAAUGAAGCUCGCUCUCCACUAUCCAUCUUCAUUUUCUGCCUUUUCUAAGAAACAAUGGAAAAUAGUAUCCAUCAAAACGUCAGCUCUCCCUGAAACAGCGGCUUCUGUGGCAAUUGCUGCAACGGUCUUCGGUGCAGCAGCUACCCUUCUUGUUCAGAGAAACAAAGCAGCCAAGACAGCUGAGGUUCAAGUGCCUCUGAAAACCUGUGAAGAUUGUGAUGGUUCUGGUAUAUGUUCUGAAUGCAAAGGUGAAGGAUUUGUGCUUAAGAAACUAUCAGACAAGAGUGCAGAGAAGGCAAGACUGACAGCUAAAAAUGCAGCCACUCGAUAUACUGCAGCGCUUCCAAAGAAAUGGAGCUACUGUACAAAAUGCUCCUCUGCUCGGUCGUGUAGUACGUGUGGUGGUCGUGGGAAGAUAAGCUACUAGUUUUGCUUGUGGUCGUCUUUGUGCAAAGAUUUCAACAGAGGAGACAAAGCCUUUGAUAUGAGUCAUGAAGACGAGAUUGCAACUGAGUUUAUGAUUUCAUGCAUUUUAGUUUCCUGAUCAACUCUAUAUAAUAUAUUAGACAGAUAGAAUGUAUACAUCUUUUUUUCUCUCUCUAUUGUACAUGUUACAAUUUAUCAUAAAAUCAAUUUUGUUCUUAUUGCUUCAUUUAA